CCGGGGCUGCUGGAGCCCACCUCAACGCUAGUGCGGGUGGCAAAGAGCGCCAGCACCCUGGGUAUCGCCAUCGAAGGUGGAGCCAACACUCGCCAGCCGCUGCCACGAAUUGUCACUAUACAGAGAGGAGGCUCAGCUCAUAACUGUGGCCAGCUGAAGGUGGGUCAGGUGAUCCUGGAGGUGAACGGGGUUUCCAUGAGGGGCCGCGAGCACAGGGAGGCGGCGCGCAUCAUCGCCGAGGCCUUCAAGACCAAAGAGAGGGACCACGUGGACUUCCUGGUGACCGAGUUCAACGUGGCGCUAUAGCGGAGCCGGAGGAGGAGAGAGAGAGAGAGAGAGAGAGAGAGAGAGAGCAGCAGCGAGGGAGGAGGAGCUGUUCGUGGAGAAGAUAAGGCCGUGAUAUUCCAGCGUCUGUUGAUUUUAAUGGCACAACUCGUUAAGAUAGACGUAAACAAACCACCACCUCAUCUCCGAGCCCUUCUCUUUUCCCAUUCAACUCCUGAGUCAUGAUACUCUCAUUUAAAAGCGAUUAUCUCCACUGUGAACUUUGUUCAGGAUUCUCCUCAACAUGUUACCUCCCCACUGUGAGACCUUAUGCACUACUAUGGGAAAUAACGAAACCUGUACCUUCUUGAUUGUGUUGAAACUCGUUGGAUUAACUUGUGAAAACAACCGGAAGUUCUCGUAGCACUCCCUCGUUCCCACGGUUUCAUUUGAUUUGUUUCCUGCUUCUGUCUGGGAGACGGCUGCAGAUCCAAGACUGUUUCGUGCUCAUUGCAAGCGUUGGGUUUGUAUAUGUAAAAAUGAACAAAUGUAGAUACAGAUGCAUAUAUAAUGUACACAUAAAGAUACUCCUAUAUGAAUUAUAAAUCUGUAACCUCUGUUGCAUCAACAUAUAAUAAUAUAUUUCAGAGAAGAUAAUUCAGGCCUUCCAUAUACACAUUUUGCAGCGAUGCUUUGCCUGUGGGUCAUGUCGGGCUGAAAGUAACACGCUCGUAUUUAUAUUUAUACGAUCAGACAAAGAACUUCACGUACAUCAGCUAUCAUACGAAGAUGCUUCGCUUUCUGUUUCCCCUUCAUCAUUCGUAGACUCCAGCACUGAACCUGCUCAA